UUGGUCACAUGCUGUUUCUCCUUCAACUAAAUUGCCUAUAAGUAGAGAGGGGUGCAACCAAAAUCAAAAACCACAUAAUUCUAAUAUAUAUCUCCUUCAUCUAAAUCUUGAUCAUUUAUGUGUCUAUAAUCCUUUCAAAUCAACCAACAAAUAUAAGAACAAAAAAAGAGUCCAAGAUUCCUUUAAACAUGAAAAGAAAGCACAACAAAAGACUUUCACCUUCAUCUUCACCAUCAUUUACCAACACCAACCUUAAAACAGCAAAACCUGCAGCGUAUUUUGCACUCCUCUUGCUAACUUACACCUUAGGCUACUUAUCCCACAAUUCCAAUCUCGACUCGUUCCAAGUCAAAACUCAAUGCGCUAAUCCAAUUCCCCCGGAAAACACUCGCAAGACACUUAUCGACCACAUCUUCAACGGAACCUCACCGUUUACCGACUUUCCGCCGCCGCACGCAGCGGAUAAGCUUUAUCGCAGUAAAAAGGUCAAAGGUUGGGGUUCAAACAAUGCAGUUUUUGAGAACCUGAUUCAUAAGGUGAAGCCCGAAAUCAUUGUUGAAGUUGGAACGUUCCUUGGUGCUUCGGCGCUUCACAUGGCUAAAUUGACUCAGCGACUUGGACUCAAAACUCAGAUCUACUGUAUUGAUGAUUUUCGCGGUUGGGCUGGGUUUAGGGAGCAGUUCAAAAACAUAGGUAUUAUAAAUGGUGACGUUUUGCUUUAUUAUCAAUUUCUUCAAAAUGUUGUUACUUUUAAUCAAACCGCGUCGAUUUUACCCUUACCAUUUUCGAGUGAGCAAGCAUUAAUAAAGCUUUGUGAAUGGGGUGUUUGGGCUGAUUUGGUAGAGAUUGAUGCGAGCCACGAAUUUUUGUCGGUAUGGGCUGACAUAAAUCGGGGAUUUUUAAUUCUCCGACCCGGUGGGAUUAUUUUCGGGCAUGACUAUUUUUUUCCCGGAGAUAAUAGAGGGGUUAAAAGAGCCGUUGAUUUAUUUGCCAAAAUUCACCGUCUUAAGAUAAAAGUUGAUGGCGAACAUUGGAUUUUGAUUUAAAAGUUAGUUACUAUAUAUGUAGUAGAGAUCAAUCUUCCUUAAAAUUUCUUAAAAUAAUUAAUUAUAAAUUUUCUCAUUAAGAAUAAUCCCCUAAGAACGCCUCAUCUUUGAUUAUUGUUAGAUUUAAUGUGUUUGUUGAAAUAUUUGGCCCAAUAAUUUCCGACAAAGAUGUGAGCAACAGUGCAACACCAUGAAGCAAAUCAAAGGAUUAGAAGGCAUGGUUGAUCUGACCCAAUAGUUCCUCACCAAAAUGAUGUGAAGUUGUGAACAAGUUGUUGAUUGAUCUGAGCAUAUUGUAAUGACAACAUUUCAUCAAUAGAACAACAAUUUGGUCUUUCA